UUUUCGAAAACACGCAAGUCCACGGAAAUGGACGGAACCACGCAACGUACAAAAAAAACUCGAGAGUUUAUUACACAGGUACCUAUGCCAGCAGGGUUUUCCUACUUCAUGUGACCUGCCUAGUUGUGACCCACAUUCAAUGUUGAAACCACGACCACUGAAAGAAUUGAUCCGCCUUAGACGGCAAUAACUCGUAAUGAUAUCCACUUUCCUCCGGACAUCUGGGUAGAAAUCUAAGACAAAGAGAGAAAUGGUUUUCUCUCCAGUGAGAGCUAGGGGGUAUGUAGGAUAUGGCGUAAAAGAGAUUUACGUGCCACUAACAACUAACUUGGCAGGAGAAAUCCAAUCUCCGACCAAAUAAGCGCCAGGUCACUCCGCACAAGGUACAAGGAUAUUCCAGCACACUCUUCAAGGCCCAUCACGCGAAGUGCCAAGCGCAUUUCUUUGGGUUCAGAUUCGAAAACGAUCUCAGUUGAUCUACUCGUUUGUCAAAAUGGCCAACAUCUUGCGAGCGUUCCUCAUUCUUAGCUUGUGCUACUUGAAUUUGGCCGAUGAAUAUCGCCAUGGGAAGUUCUUAUUUGAAAGUCGAACCACCACAGUCACGUCAUUCACAUCCACCACGACCGUCACAGUCACAAACACAGCCUCGUGUUUUACGACAGAGGAUCCAGCGGCCGGGGCAAUGAUCACCCAAUGUGCGGUUGGAAGACGGAGAAGAGCCUUGCAGUCCCUUCUUUCUGAGGAACCUCUUCAAGUGGAAUUGAAUGGAGACAAAGUAGACUACAAUUCAUUGGUCAAACCCAGCAAGACUUCCAAAGUCACUCCUGCUCUUGCUUUGGAGCCAUCCAAUUCCGAUGCCUCGGGCAACUUGCGAGAAGGUCGCGCAUUAUUCGGUCCCAUCGUGGUUCUCAGUAAAUCCACAACCAAUGUUGUUAGCACCGCGGUCAUGACCGCCGACAACGCUGCCACUGUGACCGUUACCUUUGCUGGAUGCACCCCUGCCGAUGUUAUGCAAGUGAUUGGACCAGCGUGCGCCUGAUGAGUGACCAAUUAUGGAUCACCAACCCACUCCAUAUUGAUAAUUCAUAGAUCUUGUCUAAAGAAACACGAUUUCAGUCUAACGGAAAGUUCAAGUAAACGCCUACACAAAACCUCAUUUAUUGGAGUGAGCAUUGGAGUGUGAUAAGCAAAAAUAGCCCAAAUGAUAGAUAAUCUUUAGAACGUGUCGGUGUCUAUGUUUUAGCAAAUGUAUACUAAUUUGCUGUGAGUUAAGACCAUAUCUAUCUGCAAGUUUUGGCCAGGCCUAGUUAUGCACUGUGGUUAUAUUUUUUGGUUAAGUGUUUGCUCAAAUGUCAAGACAUGUAGAUAUGUUUUUCUUUGUCAAAGAGACAAAAGGAGCAACUUUUGUGAAUUCACAUGUUUAAAAGUAGCUCAGAAAUAAAAUAUCUUAAGGUCCAUUAAAAUGCAUCAUUAUCAAAAACGUAGUCAAUCAGUAUUAAACAUACUCUUUGUUACGUAUGUAUUGACGUAAAAUUUUAUAACCUUCUAUUCCGCAGAUGCUUAGUUAUUAUAACUUAAAAGUUGCGUUUUACACUUUAG